UUUAAAAAUACAAAUGUGUAAAACGUAACAUAAGGAAAUUAUUUCAAUAAUAUUGUGACAUAUAUACAUCGUAAAAUAAAUGUGACAUGUUUGUUUGACACUCCCUAAAAACAAAACAAAUCAAAAGAUAACAAAAACAACAAAAAUACCGGAAAAACAACAAGUUCAGAGACCGGGAAAAAGAAGAAGAAGAAGCAAACAUUUCCCCUUAUCAUCUCAAUGGUCAAGAUGACAGCCCUCCGUUAUAUGGGCUGGAUCACUGGAUUCUCUGUAUUCACCGCGUUUCUAUCCAUCAUUUAUCAGGCAUUUCUCUCACUCCAAGCACUCAAUAGGACGACAGUUCUUCUAGCCGGUCUCCUGGCCUUGGAGAGCGGCCUAAAGAAAACGAAUCUUGGCCCGGCACCCAAAGUGGCCAUUGGUUAUGGAGCCUGCACCGACUUACAAAUAAAUGCCACCGAAUUCCUAGAGACAUACUAUAAAUUGCGUGUACCGCUAUCUGAACGAAUGGCAGCACAAUCUUCCAUGGAAAUAGUGAAAACUGAAGAUGAAUUGCUGCAAUCGUUUGCCUAUUAUUUUCAAAAUGGAGCAGCCGCAGAACGCAUGAUGGCCAAUGGAACGUUGUUCCGGCAAUUGGUGGAGUAUGCCAAGAUUAUGGGCGAGGAGCGCAUACAUUGGUAUAUGGGCGGAAAUGCUCCCCUUAUGGCUGUACGUUUCUUUAUGGAGGGAGCCGAUGUAUUGCUCGGAGCGCACAUGUCCAAAAAAUUACGACCCUUGCUGCCCAAAGAAAUACACUUGGCUGGUCAUGAGAUACCUGAUGAUGAUAUACAUCUGAUACUGGAAUACAAAGCUGGCGAUGGUUGGGGUCCAUAUCGGGCGCCACGUGCCAAUCGCUAUAUACUGCACAAUGAUAAGAACAAUCCACAUUUGAGAUCUGUCGAACAGUUGACCGAUGCCCUUAAAGAUUAUCAUCCGCAAUUGCUGGUGGUCAGUGGCUUACAAAUGAUGGAUAUGUUUACAUUUCAACCCGGGGAACGGGAGGCUCGCCUACAGCAAGUGAAAUGGCAAUUGAUAAGUCAACCGAAAGAUACAUUGCAUCAUUUCGAAAUGGCCUCGUAUGUGGAAUUGCAGUUGUUGCAGCAACUACAACAACUUGUGCUCCCCUAUGUCGAUUCUCUGGGCAUGAAUGAGCAAGAGUUGUCCAAUUUGCAGCAGGUUCUCUCCUACGGACGCAUCACAAUGGCCACCGAUUGGAAUCCACGUAUUGCCAUGACCCUGGAUAAAAUGCGACAAGUAUUCAUUAGUCUGUUGGAAGACUAUGAACAUGAACAUAUACGAGAUGCCAAACGUCGCCGGAUUUCGCGCAUACAUGUCCAUACAUUGGCCUAUCAGGCUAUACUAACCAUUAGCAGAUCGCAAUGGAAGAAUACAAAAGCAGCAGCAGCCAAGGCGGCAUUGACAGCCCAUCGUUAUGUAUGCAAAUCUCAAUUUAUCAAUCCCGAAUCUGUGUUGCAAGUGCUGGAUGACAGUUUUGCCACCUCCACCCAGGAUCAGGCACCACGUAUGCGCAUUAAUGCUGCUAAUCCUGUACCCUGCUGGCAGGAGUAUAUCCAAUAUGGCAAGGAUUUCCAACGCAUCGAAGUUGAGAUAUGCGUUGCACCGGUUUUGGUAUGCCGUGUGGCCAGAAAGACAGCUGGAGCUGGUGAUAAUAUCUCCGCUUCAGGAUUGGCUGCACAAUUGUAGUGAAUUUUGAACUGGAAGUUGCCACAAUGAAUGACUUGACUUCGGGACCGGCAAGACUGCUUUAUACAUACAUACAAAUAAUAUACAAACUGAAAGACUUUGCAUGCAUAUAUACGGAUAUAUGUAUAUAUGUGAAUUCCCUGUUGGAAAAUCCCUUUAGAUUUAUAUACUCUCAAGCAUAUUUAGCACCUUUAGUGACCUUAGGAACGCGUUACCUUCAAAAUACAUACAUAUAAACACAGAAUACUGACGACGAAAAUGCUCAAGACAACGAUAUUGAUAUAAUAUAUUAUUGGCAGGCCUCCUCCUCCUCCUCCAUCUCAUCCUCCAUUCCCUCUUACACAUUUUCCACAAGAAUAAUGGCCUUAAACACAUAUCUAAAAAAGGAAAAAACAUGUUUUUGAGAAGAAGAUAGAAAGAGAAAGUUAUUAUUAUUCCUAUUCUUAUGUAUUAUUAAUUAAAAUUACUCAAUUGUGUUCCGAAAUUUAUUCCUAAAAUGAAACAAACAAAAAAAAAAACGCAUCGAAAAAACCUAGUCCUAAGUUUUGUAAAUUUUUCUCGAAUUAAUUGAUAAACCAUUCAUUCCUA